AUGGAUAAUAAUGUUAAAGGCGAGGACGAGGGAUCAUUCGACAGCGAUAACAUUUUUGAAGAUCUAUCUGACAAAGGAAACCACGUGAAAGAAAUUCUUACUUCCGACCCCAACAAAUGGACAGACGAACAAAUUACAAUUGUGGUUGUUGUUUCGAUAGUUGCUCUGGCUCUGAUUCUUAUGAUACUCUGGUGCUAUCGCUACCAGCCGUGUCGUCGAAAAGCAGUAGGCUCGCUGGUGAAUCCUCGCCAUACACUUGAAAGACCAUAUGUCACGCGACGAGGAGCAAGAAUGGGGAAUCCUAACGCAGACGACAAACUGCCACAAGGGUGCACUCUCCAUGGAGCAGAGAAGCUCCAUGCUGCAGGUCUGGAUGGAAGAGGAGUCAGAGUAGCAGUGAUUGACACUGGAAUUGACAAACAGCAUCCAUGUCUUGAAGGAAGAGUUGUCCGUCAAGAGUGGUAUCGAUUGGGAACUCCUCUAGCUAUUGAUGAUCAUGGGACGCAUGUGGCCGGAACUAUCCACUUCAUGGCUCCAAAGGCAAACAUAUAUGACUAUAGAGUGAUUGGCAAAACUGGGGAUAUGGACAGUGAUACAGCAGUUGCAGAGGCUAUUCGAGAUGCAGUCCAGGAAGGAUGUCAAAUCAUCAACAUCAGCAUACGGAUAUCAUAUCCACUGGUGAAAGAUGUCAAGAAAGCUGUCCAAUAUGCUCACCGCGAAGGAAUAAUAAUGGUCUGUGCUACUGGAAACUACCCCGGUGAUGCCGAUCCUAAUAUCAAUCACAGGCUAACCUAUCCCGCUAAAUGGAAGGAGACUAUCAGCGUUGCCGCGAUAAAGAAGGGUCCUGGCGGUACUCCGGUGGCCUCAUUUUCGGAUGUUCUUGCCGGGUUUGGUGGGCUUGGAUUCCCAGCUGACCUUGCCGCAGUGGGAGCCGAUGUUGUGUCUUUGAAACCUGGGGGAGGUUAUCAAGUAAUGUCAGGACCAAGUGUAGCAGCUCCCCAUGUCACUGGCAUGCUUGCGGCCAUGAUGACAGGAGGCGGCGAUUUGAAAAUGCUGGCCAAAAAACUGGUCUUGGAACUAAAAUCGACAUAUUCAUUAGAAUUCACUGCAAAAGGAAGUGACAACAAUGGUACUGACAUCGAUUUUCCUACCUUUUUGACCAAAUGGGAAUUCGACAAGUUCUGGCGACGGCAUUCCAUCGGUCAUGCCAACAUCCAUGAGCGGCCGUCGAUUCGAAAAAUAUGCAAUAAUUAUGGAAGCAAUAG